GCAAACAAGAAAAGGAAAGAAGACAGGAGGCGAACCAACACCACCACCCACCCAGCGAAUACCACCCAGCCUUGUUUGCUCACAUCCCCCAUCGUCCUCAAGCACCACAAUGGAUCCAGAGACCAAGGAUCAGGUGACCCACGACUUGUCUGCGGCAGUGGCCAACCUUGGCACCCGCGUCGACACCAUGGAGUCAAAGCUUGAUCGCAUCGAGACUGCGGUUGAGGACAUCAAGACCAUCCUGCGAUCGGCCAUCAAGGCAUCCAGCGAGAGCGAAAGCUACUGAAGGAAGAGGGCCAAACGAGCGCGCAGGCGAGCACACGCGAGUACAAGGAACCACGCCGCCAUGCAUGCAGCCUCCUCACAGCUACGACGAGCACACACAACACCUCGCAGUGUCUUCCUGUCCGGUCUGUCCUGUGCCACGACUAAUCCCAGUGUCUCACGCCUCCUCGUUUGUGUGAGACCCAGUGCUUCCCUCGUUACUCGUCAUCCUUCUGCGUCUUCUCUCCGCAGCUGACCAUUCCACUCUCACUUGGUUACAGUUUUGUGUCAUCCGUCCGUGCCUUCAUGUAUCUGUUGUCAAGUGAACACACCCUUUAAUCCACUUGUACAUUCAUUGCAUACGUUGCCGUUGAACCGUGAAGCGCCACAGCAUCACUUGUGCGCUUGUCGAGGGACCCUUCAGGUUCCCUUGUCGCCAAACCCCUGGUUGCUCUCGCACUCUCGCACUCUUCAGUAUGCCCUUGUCUUGGUCGCAUGAAUGAAAGCCAUUUGACCACAUGAUGAUAUGUACAGCAGGA